AUGGCGGAAGCAUUGGGUCUGGUCGUCAACAUCGCUGCAGUCAUCCAGGUAGCAGCCGAGGUUGCUCAGCUUAGCUACAAGUAUGCCCGGGAUGUGAAGAACGCACCACGGACCCAGAAGGAGUACUUGCAGGAAGUCUCAGCUCUCAUGGAGGUGCUUUUCCGCGUGGAACAGGCGGUUCAGGAUGUAGAGAUCACCGGUUUGUUACCGGAUCGGCCUUCGUCACUAAGCGCGGACACCGUGAUGGACUGCUACCGGGCUCUCUCUGGUCUGUAUUUUGACCUACAAAAACGCCGAUCACGGUUCCUGCAACCGCUUCAUGAACGAGAAUGGCGGGCGCAUAUUGAUAUGCUUACCAGAUACCGGUCGCUUUUCGUCGAUUUCCUAUCUUCUUGCAUCCUCACGACUGGAACUGCAACUUAUAAUAAGGUGUCGCUUAUAAAAGAGGACCAAGAUCGCAGUCUUCUCCUGACGUGGUUGCCUGCUCCAAACGCCUCGGCACGACGGAGACCGUCGCCAUGCCCUGGGACAGGAAGCUGGUUCCUGGGCAAGGGCUCAGUCAGGCAAUGGUUAGAGGGCUCCAAAAGCUUUCUAUGGUGCUACGGAGUACCUGGAGUUGGAAAGAGUUUCCUUGCCUCUCAUGUAAUCGACCACUUACUCGAGGCCCCCACAUCGCCGGAUUAUCUAGUACUAUACUUCUUUUGCGACUUCUCAUCCCAGGAUGAGCAGCGGGUCAUUGACAUUCUCCAUCAUCUGCUGCGUCAGAUCAUCGAGCAGGGCAGUUCAGAAGUGUUAACUCUAUUGAAGGAGUCAUGUAAGGAUCCUGGCAGGCUUCAGCAGGCCGCCGAAGUGACGCAGCUGAUUGCGACGGCGGGCUCAACGAGACAAAUAUACUUGGUGCUAGACGCGGUUGACGAAUUGAGAGAACCAACUUCAUUUCUGUCGCACAUCACGAACCUCGUCCCGUCGGGCAUCAAUUUAUUGAUCAUGAGUCGAGAUGUACCCCACAUUCGGAAGAAGAUGACAUUGGCAACGCAUCUUGAAGUUGAUUCAAACCCCGGUGACCUCAAAGUGUACAUCGAGUCGCGUUUCCGAGAUAGCGACUUCUCCGACGAGGUUGAGGAAGAGGACAAGAUGAUAGAAGACGUCGCCUCGAGCUCCGGCAAUCUACGCCUGAAGCUGAAAGAGAUACUCUGCGCCUUCUCUGUGGAGGAGGGAGAGGAGUUCGAUCCUGACAAUAAGCCAAACUCCGACGUCCUCCUCCGAGCCUGUCAUGGCCUGGUCGUUGUGGAUAGAGUUGAUAGCACUGUUGGGCUCGUCCACGCCACUGCAUAUGAGUUUUUCAGAAACGGAAACGUUCUAGGACAAGAGGGCGAUCAUGACAUUGCGCGUACCAGUCUACAAUACCUCAUUAUGAGCAACAUAUCUCCCUGCAUGACAUCCACAGAAUUGCUGAAACGUCUCGAGUCUCUAGAGUUCUUGGAUUAUUCGGCAAAAUACUGGGGUCAGCACAUCCGAGGGCCGGAUGAAGAAUGUCAGCUAGAGGGACUUAUAACCAAGUUGCUGCGCAAUAGUAAAACCAGAAAUGGGGCCUUUCAAGUUCUGCAGUAUAGACAAGAAUUCUCCGACGUGUCCUUAGGGGGGGAGAUGCUGCAAUCAAUACCAACAGAUCUGGGCACACUACAUGUCGCAGCCUACUGGGGGCUUGCACAUACUACAGAGAUACUUUUGACCAAUGGAGCGAGCGUCUAUGAAGUAGACACUCAUAAAUGGACAGCCCUUCACUGGGCGUGCUCUCGAAAUCAUGCCAAUGUCGCCGCCAUACUGGUCGAAAACGGGGCUGAUGUUAAUGCACGUGAUAUACAAGGCUGGACUCCAUUAUUUUGGGCGGCGUUCAAGGGUAAUGACCAGAUCAUUAGUCUUUUACUAGACCAUGGUGUCAAUCAUCUCUCUCGAGGUACGUACGGAUGGACUGCCUUGCACUGGGCUGUGUCCAGCCGCCACCCGGAGGCCGUGAAAAUCCUGCUUGAGCACCACGCCCGGUCACAGGCUAAGGAUACAGAGCUGCUCAAGAUGAGCAUUCAAGAUGUCAUCGCCUACGCUGAAAGCGCCCAGCCCGUCAAAGUCGCUGCGGAUAGUCAGGAUGUGGAAAUAUUCACCCUCCUAGCUCAACACCUUCAAACACCGAAGGGCAUUGUUGGGGAUGCGCAGUUCAACGAAAUCUGGGCCAAUGCCCGGUUUGACCAGCCUGCCUCAGGAAACCCUUGGAGAACACUGACAAAGAGUGAGGAGUUCAACGGACUUGAAUCCAGACUUCCGAGAUUCACUGGACCAUUUGCGGAUGAUUCAGAGCCGUAUCGAGAGGACGCGACGGAAUGGAAAACGGCUCUUCUUACGUCUGCUAUCAGAGACGGGCAAUUGUCGUCAGCGCGCAUCCUCGCCAAAACAGGGGCAGAUGUCGACUCUGCGCUUUUUGCAGCUUCCUGUCGGUCUGAUCCCGAAUAUGUACGUUGCUUACUGGAAAAUGGCGCAGACCCAAAUAAGCCUUCUUAUGGGAAGAUUCCACUGCAUGAAGCUGUUCUUAAUGGGUUUCUGGAAACUACAGCAGCCUUGAUUGACGGGGGAGCAGAUGUGAAUCAAAGAGUACCACUGCGGCGGGACCCCUAUCGCACGCGGUAUGAACGUGGUCCGGCCACCACUCACGUCGGUGCGACGCCUCUCAUACAAGCAUGUGGGUUUCUCUUUCUGUCCGAUCCGGAACUUUCUCUACAAAUGGCUCGGCUUCUCAUUUCGCACGGAGCGGUGGCCGACGCAAAGGAUGACUCGGGCAUGACGGCUUUACACUAUGCUGUGAUGAGGCCGUAUCUGCCGUUGAUAGAACUUUUGGUGAGCUCUGGCUGUCCAGUAGACGCUUGUGAUAUGAAGGGCCGCCUGCCAAUUCACUGUCUUGGGAGCCAUAUGCAUAGUUUAUAUCGCGGAACUCAUCAAGCCCAAGAAAACAAUAGUUUAUUGGAAACUGCUCGUGUUCUUAUCCGAGGCGGACAGGGUGCUGAUUCUGUCAGCAUGCUGAACAUGCCUAUACAUCGUGGGAUGAGUGCCAUGAAAGAUCAAAAGAAUAGCUCAUCAGACGAGAAAGAUAGCCUCGAAUGCCUUACGCCGUUGGAUAUAGCACUAGGGGCGAAUAGGUGGGAAGUCGCCAUCACGCUCUACCAUCUCGGUGCUCGCAUCCCUGAUGGUCUAGAUCUUGGGCCUAUAGCAUCAGCUGCUAUUGCAGACUUUGUGGCCAACGCUGUUGAUCUUCUGCUUGAUAAUGGUGCUCAGGUCAGUCCGUCUGCGGUCCAUUCUCUUCUAGGUGCCCUUCGGCAUCGGCUGUCAGAGAGUAAGAGGGUGAACGAAGACCUAUCUCAGUUUAGACAUAUACUGGGCAGGAUCAUACUGGCCGGAGCAGAUGUUAAUUUCCGGUCUGAGAACGGCGAUACCGCGCUUACUGUCGCAGCCAGAGCAGCAGGCCCAGUUGAUGUUUUGAAAGACCUAGUAGACAUGGGCGCAGAUGUGUUCUCCGCCUCAGGCACUAGCUUUGAUCCAAUUAUCACUGCUGCUGUACAUGGUGAUACUAAGUGUUUGGAUUACAUUCUUCAUGUUGCUGCAGCCCGUCCUAGAGAGGGUCAUUGGACCGGAAUUCUCGGCAAACUGGGAGAGAUUUCUGACCCCAUCACGCGUGUAUGCGUAUGCCUUGAGAAAGUAGGAGCCUUGGACAGAGUUAAUGACAAGGGGCGCACGAUAUUGCAUCUGGCCGCGGAAAGAGGGAAUGUGCCGCUCAUUACCAGUUUAUUGGCCCACGGCGCACGUCCUGAUAUCGUAGAUGCAGACGGUCGAUAUGCUGUCCAGUACGCAGGAGCAAAUCUCAAGACCGACGCACUGCAGGCACUGUUGCCUUUGAGGACUGCGAUUUCCGGAAAUGCUGAGACAAUAGCUUUUUGGCUCAAUAUCCUCUCCCAACCAGUCGAAAUUCCAUCUGAGUACGGGCAACGCCAGAGCAUGUUCGAAAUGGCCGUCAUCCUCGGAAACUUGCAAAUGACCCAACAUCUCCUGGCAUAUGGAAUGGACCCGAACACACGGCUAUCAGGAUGGUGGCGUGACGGGAAACCACUGCUGUACUAUGCAGCAGAAAGGGGGCAUUCCGGUCUAGUUGAGCUUCUCUUGACCCAGGGCGCUAGCGUAGACCUGACAGAUUUAUAUGGCUGGACCCCUCUCCACGCAGCGUGCUACUUUGGCCACACUGAUACCGCCAAAAUACUGAUAGAAGCCGGCAGCGACGUGCACGCAGAGACUUCGCAAUGGAACAACGAUAAUGUGAAACCGACUGGCUUGUACCGGAAGGAUGCCUACGAAGCCCAGCCUCUCCACCUGGCAACAAUGGCCGGGAACUCGGAUAUUGUCAAAAUGCUCUUAGAAAAGGGGGUUGAUGCACACGCACAAACUAAAAAUGGAAAGGAACGGUGCGGUAGCGGCCAUGGUCCAACUGCUCUUCAUCUGGCUUUGGAUACCGGGGAUUUCUAUUGCCGUUGGGGCCUGCCUUUGGACGCGAAUCGGCUUCAGAUUGCGCAGUGGAUGGUCGACAGAGGCCUUAUGGCCCGGGGAGUCGUUUCGAAGUGGGGUUUGAGAGAGAUCUUAAAAUUCAGGGACUUUCCUGAUCUAUGGGAUGCCCUUAGGGCUGAGGAGAUAAAGGCGCGGGGAUAG